GUGAAUCGUUGUCAUUUUUCUGCAACGACCGACUUCGACUAAGACGAAAUGCCUUUUUCAAACCCCUUUUUGGGUCUCUUCAAUUCCCAAAUUGUGUUCAGACAGAAGAUAAAACUCUUCAAAACAUCGAUUCUUCGUCACAAAACCUUCUCUUCUCUUCUUCUUGUUCUGCAACUUGGGGAAUUGGUAACCUCGCGCUUUGAUUUCUCGAGAGACUGUAAUCGAAGCCGGCGCCGGAUUUGUCAGCCUUAGUGCGACUUGAAGUUAAGCUUAAUUGGUACAGAUUCUCUGAUUCUUUUCUCAUCAGUUAAGGUGUGUGUUUGUUUGUAUUUGUGUUUGUAAUUGUAAUUUUUUCUUUUAAUUAUUGACGAGGAAAGUUUUCAUGGAUUUGGUUACUGUGAAAGUCUAUUAAAUUGUUGAUAUUUAUCGAUGAAAAUGUUCCUCGAGUACCGAAUUAAGGUUUCAUUUCUAGUUUAGAUCAAUACCCAGAUAGCAUAAACGGAAUUGGAGCUAGUGAGACUACUAUGGACCUUAGUUUUGACAAAAGCAUGAGCUCCGAGAGGGUUUCUCCUCUUGACGACGGUGAAUUUUCCAAUACUGCUCUUAAGUACAUAAACCAAAUGCUUAUGGAUGAGGAUAUGGAGGCAAAGCCCUCUAUGUUCUAUGACCCUUCAGCCCUUAUAGCCACCGAGAAAUCCCUUUACGAGGUUCUCGGCAAGAAGUAUCCGCCUUCCUGGAAUGAACACGAACACCCUCUAUGUAGAGAUCAAAAUUGUCAAAGCUCAGAUGAUAGUUUCAGGACAAGUGUCAGUGACUGUUCGGAAGAUAUCAGUUCUAGUUCCAGUUCCAGCACUGGCAACUCGAUUCAUUCUUUUGGGACUUCUGUUGAUUCACGGGCACACCAACCCUCUGUAUUACAAAACCCACCUCCAGCUAAGUUUGUAUUCCAGUCCACUUCAAACUCCAGUUCACAAUCUUCUGCAAACUUCCCUUACAAUAUGGGUACUUCCAUGGGUGAGCUUCAGAAUCUUUUGAGUGAGAAUGAAUUGAUGUUGCAGUUUAAGAGAGGUUUAGAGGAGGGCAAUAAGUUUCUUCCCAAAGACAAUCAACUUGUUUUUCACGUGGAAAACAAUUAUAUGUCUCCAUAUACAAAUGAGAAGGUCUCAAGUGAGUUAAUUGAGGUAGAGAAGGACAAGAGAGAGCAUUUGCAUUUUGGAUUGACAGAGAUGAAGAAUCAUGACCGCGAAGAGACAGAUUUAGUAGAUGGUAGAAGCAACAAGCAAAUGGCAGUUUGUACGGAUGAGACUGGGCUAUCAGAGCUUUUUGAUAAGGUGCUACUCUUUCGAGAGGUGCCGGAAGCUCCUACUGGCACAUCGGAUGAAGCCUACCAAAAUAAUGAAGUAAAAAGCUCUAGGCAACAAGGGGGGCGACACCAUGGAACUAGUAGUGGUAAAACUCUCAAGACUAAGAUACAAGAAAUUGACAAGGAAGUGGUGGACUUGUUGGCUUUGUUGAUUUUGUGUGCACAAGCUGUUUCUGCUAAUGAUAUUAGGAAUGCUAAUGAACUAUUAAAGAAGAUUAGGAGGCACUCGACUCCACAUGGUGAUGGAUCCCAGAGAUUGGCCCAUUUAUUCGCAAAGGCCCUUGAAGCACGAUUGGCUGGCACUGGAAAAGAGAUUUUUGCCACUCUGGAUUCUAUAAACAUAUCGGCUGUUGAUAUGCUGAGAACUUAUCAAACCUAUAUUUCUGCCAGCCCGUUCAAGAAGAUAUCAAUUAUCUUUGCAAACCAAAUGAUUUUCAAAGCAGCUGAGAAAGCGACAAAGCUACAUAUUAUAGAUUUUGGUAUCCUAUAUGGUUUCCAGUGGCCUGUUUUCAUACAAAGCCUCUCUAGAAGACCUGGUGGGCCACCUAAACUACGAAUUACAGGAAUAGAGUUUCCACAACAUGGUUUCCGGCCAGAAGAAAUGGUCAAAGAAACGGGAUGUCGCUUAGCUAAGUACUGUGAGCGGUUUGGUGUUCCAUUUGAGUACCACGCCAUAGCAGAACAAUGGCAAAAUAUCCAAAUUGAGGACCUUAAGAUUGAUAAAGAUGAGGUCCUUGCUGUGAAUUGUCUACACAGAUUUAAGAGCCUUUUGGAUGAGACAGUUUCGGUAAAGAGUCCAAGGAAUGCUGUUCUACACUUGAUCAGGAAGAUCAAACCUGACAUUUUUGCUCAUGCUGUUUUUAAUGGAACAUACAACGUCCCCUUCUUUGUUACGCGCUUCCGGGAAGCACUAUUUCACUUCGCUUCAUUAUUUGAUGGGGCUGAUACUAUUUUAGCCAGAGAGGAUCCAUUGAGACUGGCAUUUGAGAAGGAUUUUAUUGGCCGGGAGAUUAUGAAUGUCAUAGCCUGUGAGGGUUUGGAAAGAGUUGAGAGACCUGAAACAUACAAGCAGUGGCAGCUCCGGAAUACAAGAGCUGGGUUUAGACAGCUCCCCUUGGACAUGGAGCUUGUGAAGAGAAUGAAGGCUAUCGUUAAACAUGGGUACCACAGAGAUUUUGUAGUCGAAGAAGAUAGCAACUGGAUGCUUCAGGGUUGGAAGGGCAGGAUUCUUUGUGCUUCCUCAUGUUGGGUACCGGUAUAGGACAUAGAAAACUCCUUUUGCAUGAAUUAGUUUCUCUAAUGGAGUAGCUAACUUGGGUACAUCGCAGAGUAACUACAGUCAAUGACAAAGUGUUUGAACAAUGAACAUUCAUGAUUCUUGGCUUCCUAAUAUGACCAGUAAUCCAUUGCUUUUGUAUGUAUAUAAUUUGAGAUUGUCAAUGCUGUUUCUUUUUCUCUGUAGAUAGAUUUUAACCUCUUUUAUGGGUUUAAUUUGUAUUAUAUGUAUAUAACAAAGAUGCCAUGCCCUUGAAAGUUCCAAGAAGCUUGGUGAUAUUCUUAAUAUAAAUCAAGCACUAUGGCCUAUGGGGUGUUGGUGUUCCAAGUUCAAUGUA